GUUCUGUGGCUUUCGUCUACAUGGAAUGGUUGUGUUCGCUUCGCAAAAUUAAAAUAAAUUGUAUAACCGAUUAAAGGAGGAGCAAAAAAUGUUACAACCACGUUUAACAGUGAAGAAACCAGACGGAAACCGCAAGAGGUGUUACUGGAACCUUCAGAAGAAGACAAUUGAAUGUGGACCUGGACUUUCUCACAAAAUAAUGCAGCUGAGUCUACUUUUCGGUCUGUUUCUGGCUGGAUUAAUUGCAACACCCACUGUAGCAGCUGACGAGCUUAAUAUUAAACCCACACCAGCCUUACGUCUGGCAGAUGAUUUCACAACUGUCCUGUUGGUAAAUAAUGAUAGGGCGGGUCGGUUAGGUGAUGGACACGGCCGCUAUCUGUCAGUUCGUCCAGAGGUUGGUCUCUUAACAUCCACAGCACGCACUUUCAUCCAGGAGGGGAUUACAACAGAAUAUGCCACACAGGUGGUGGGUACUACCUUAGAUAACGGUCGGCUGUACGCCCAAUAUCUAAAGAAGAGCUCACGGGUUCUUUUCGAGAAUGGUCAGCCGUCUGUCGUCACCAGUUGGGUGGGUGAUAGUGUCCCACCGCACAGCCGAUCCUACCUACAAAGUCACAAUGAUUUAUUCAAUGCUGAUGCGCCAAAUUGGCGAGAUAUUGAUGACAGCCUGGAUGAUAUUGCUUCUGUUCCUGUUCCGGUUGAUGAUGUUGGUGAAUUCGUAGGAAACACGGAUUUCCUUAAGAUUAAAGGCUCAAGUUUAUCGCUGCCAGUAGAAACGACAAUCGUCUCAAAAAUAUCUAAAGAAUCUUUAGGUCUGAAAUCAGUUGUGAUGUCGGGAUCGGGACUUUCAGAGGAUACAGUACGAAAAUUGGCAGCUCAGAAAGUGUUGCCAAUAGGCGAUUUGCCAACGUUUACAGUGAAAAAUCAUUUCGAGCCCAGUGGGUACCAAGAAGCUGCUGGUACUGCAAAUACAGAUACAGAUACAGAUACAGAUACAAAUACAGAGGAAGGCCGUUCAGCUAAGGUUUACUAUCAGCAUUUGAUGCGGGAGAAACAAAGUGAGCAUGGUAAAAAGAAGCAGCAGCUUCUGAAUUUUCCAAAGCGACUCCUAUCGACCGUCACAUACUAUGGGUUUGCCGAUUUCACCACCAUUGUGGGCGAUAGUGUAAUUGUAUUUUCACCAAGCACCGCUCAGCCCAGCUCGAUAAUAGGUCACGUCACAUCGAUAAAGGGAAUGGCGACUCUGCGAACUACCGAUGAUAUUCCACUUCAAUAUAAUAAAGUUUCCUUGGCAGAGAAAGCAACAACAAGAGCAGAAAUAAUCGUAUCCACAGUGUUGAACAAUGUGAAUAUCAUAGAAGCGGUGGAAGAUACUAGUGAUACUGAUUUGGCUCAAGUCAGUUCGUCUCAAUCGAUUCCGGAAAUGGAAAUAAAUAGCUUGAUUGCCACAGCAACUCCAACUCCUACACUUGACGGAGUCCGAGCCACUGAAGAGUCCACGUCUCAGUCUCCGUCUCCGUCUCAGAAUUUUGAAGUUAGCGAAACAGAAGCAAAAUCCAUGUUUUCAUUGCCGACAGAUCAGGAAAUACAGGAAAUCUAUGCGUCCUUGGCCAAAGCGCAAGCAAAGGAGCAAUCGAAUCUCCAAAGUACACAGUCAACUAUAACCGAAUCUAUGUCCGAAUCCAAAUCCGUAUCCGAUCUUCAGGGACACAGUGGAGCCACAACGAUUUUCAUUGAUGAUGAUCCCUUUGCGAAUUUCAUCGAGCCAACAAGGGUUAUAAAUAAUACAGUGACUGCUAUAAGUAAUACAAUAGAUGUCACAACAGCGAAGAAGGAGGAGAUCACAAAUCUUGUCCAAUCAUCAGAGAUUAAGUCACUUGAUGAAGAAAGUACACCACUUCUUUCAGCCACAUUGCAAUCCUCACAAGUUGAUCAAGAGCUCACUAAUAAUAGACGUGAUGAGAGUAUUCAUUCGUCCCAAAUAAAAGAAUCGACACAGCUACAGAAUUUGUCAAAUAUGUCUGAGACAGAAUCAGAAUUAGAAUCGGACUCAGUUACAGAGUUUAAUUCGCAAUCGACUCAGGCUGAUGAUAUAACCACAAUGAUUCCCUUGGAAGAGACAGAGACGGAAAUGGCUACCACGGAGGAAACGAUGAAAACAGAAAGCUCAACCGAAAAAGAUACCGAUACCGAGGAAGACUACGUAACUGAGCCAGAAAAUAACCAAGAGACUGAGAAUGACACUGACACUGACAUUGAUAAUGAGAAUGAAGACUAUGAUGGUGAAAAUGGCUUGGAUGAGAUUGAUGUCAUUUACAAGACUCUGUACACAACCUACACAUAUUUGACGACUUUCUUCCAAGGCAAAUCCACUACUGUUUCUAGCCAUACGGAGAUAGUAACGAAUGUAAUUACUUCAGAAAUCUUAAAUACGGAACAGCAGGAAGAAUUGACAAAAACAGUUGAUGUUCUGAGUGAAAAAUCCGCUACUCAAACGGAUUCUGAAACUAUAAGGAUCACAGCGACAGCGACCGUUACGCCUUCAAAAUAUAUAAUUCCCGAUGAGUUGGAGAGCUUAUUGCAUGCUAGCGCUAAUGAUGCAACCCACGUAAUGGAACAAAGCCAAGAUACUACCUACCUGGAUGAUGCCAAGUACACAAAGACCUUCUUCACAACGUACACCUAUUACACAACAAUAUUUGCCGACAGUGAAACGGAAAUAAUGUCCAGGACUGAAGUAUUUACAAAUUACGUUACUGAACUUGCUACAGCCACAACUGAAGCACAAAUUGAAAUGCCAUCGAUGUCUUCAACUCUGGAUCGGACUGCAUCAGAAUCAUCCAUUGCUUUGAAGGCCGAAAAUAUCAGUGGCAAUGUGGAGAAUGGAGAGGAGCAUAUCACAUUGAUAACAGAUGUUCGAUCUAGUAGCUCGAGCGGAGAUCAGCAACAGCAUCUAGUUGGGCAACUGAAGGAUUCCGUGGACGAUCAAGUGAGUUCCGAAAGUAAUACAGAAGAGAUACUACCAUCAGCGACGCUUCUACUCCAGACGAGUUUCACCACAUUCACAUUCUACACAACGAUGUAUGUGUCAGAUAUCACAAAUGUGGUUAGUCGCCUGGAGACAGUUACCAAUAUUGCCACCGAAACGGUACAGCCAACUAAAAUGCUGAGCCAAGAGGAGGCCACAUUACCGAUCACAUACUUUACGACCUUUACGUAUUGGACGAAGCUGGCCAAGGACGGAGAGAUUACAACAAUUAGUAGAGAGGAAACAAUAUCGAAUGUGAUUGAGCCAACGAAACGGCUUGAAACCGAAACGUCAACCACAUUGAGUUCAAUAACGAUUCAAUCAGAUUCGAUAUCAAUAGCAAGCGAUAAUCUAGAGAAAAGUGUACUGCAAACAUUGAGUGCCAAUACAAUUACGUCUGAUACGGAUACAGAUACGGAUACGAAUACGGAUAUGGGUACUAAUACAACGGAUGCGGAUUUGUCGGCACUAACAACCUAUUAUACGACGUACACUUAUUACACUACCUCAUACGAGGCCAACAACACUGUCACGGAUUCGCGUUUAGAGACAAUUACAAACAUCAUCAGACCGACGAACGUCGUAGUAAAUCCGAGUCCCAUACUCUCCUCAAUCAAUUCACCGGAUCCUUAUGAUGUAUCACCACCCAUAUCAGGUGCGGAAACUAAUUCAUCUGACUUGAUUUUUUAUGAUUAUAAACGUAUUAUCGAUGCUGAGGGCGUGAGCACUUUGUACUUUACAACAAAAAUUGAAUCUUCGAUUAAUGAGGAAGGCAGCCGUAUAGAAUUUACAACUAGUACAUCGAGUCUGGAUAUCGAUGAAACGAAGAAAUUGAGCUUGGCUACAAGUUUACCAAGCGAAUCUCUAGGUGAUCAGGACUCUGUUUCUCCAUCUUCUUCUUCGCGUCAAUACAAAACCGGUUUGGUUCGACUUAUAGAAGGUACUCGAAUCGGGAACAGUACGACAACCUUGUAUCAAUCAAAGGUGAUUGGCACAAUUAUAGACAAUCGCUAUGCACAAAUAAUUGAAAGUACAUCUAGUUUUCUGUUUAACAAAGCAAGUCCAGCAAGCAUAAUAUCACCAAGUGCCACUCUUGACGACAUGAUUGUUAGCACUACACAGGGUGUAAAUCUCGAGUCUCCAAAUGUCGUUGAGGGCAGUAUUAACAGUGACAGCGACAGCGACACGACAGAGACAAUUACGGAACACGACGACGCCAUCACUGAUGAUGACAACAAUAUUAAUAACAAUAACAAUGCUCGGAUACCAUUUCAAUCAAAGAAACGUACAUUUGCGCCUGUGAUAAGACCCUUUGCUUCCCGUAACAGGCCAACAUUCGCGCCGAAACAGAAGACACCAAGUCCAAGCAGUGCUACGAUUAUAACCAGAUCUGAUAUAACGCCGACGAUAACCGCAACGCCAGCCCUCAAGUCUGUGGGUAGAUUCGGCUCUUCGCGAAGGGGUUCUUCUUCCAUCCUGAACUCGAACACACCCAACAACCCUCAAGAUACGGGUUCAACGAGUUCAUCAAGCUCUAGACGUCUAUUUGGACGACCUAUAAAGGCAUCGAGUGGAUCGGUUAGUCAAUUGGGCAGUACUAUUCAAGCAAGCAGUGGAAUUUCUCCGACCAGGAACCGCUUCGCAUCUACCUUUCGUACAUCAGGCAUCCAGGCGUCCAGUUCACGACGCCUGAGCUUAAGCUCCGCAUAUCGACCAUCCAGCAGCAACAUCAACGGUUUUCGAGUCUCGGCAUUGAGUGGAGUCAACUCUCGGCAACGUAUCAAGCCAACAUCAGUCUCCGGCCUCGGACCGGCAUUUGGGAAGACCAGUACUAGUGGCGUUGAGGAGGAGAAUUCAACGGAGGAGCAGCAAAUUGAGACAAACGAUGAGGAAGACAAUGCCACGGAAAAUUCCAAACGUAAUCAAAAUCCGCUCUUGCGUUUCCGUCGACCAUUGAGCAGACCCAUCGGCUUUACUCCAGCUCCUCGUAAUGCUAAUAAUAAUAGUAAUGGACGGGCCAAGGCAUCAACGACAACAACAACCACCACUACAACAACAGCCAGACCACGACCGCGUAGCUUCCAGCGCCCCACAAUAUCCAGUAUUCAGACACGGAUCCGCCCACAGAAUGCCCUGUUUCCACCACGAGGUCUUUUCCAAACUCAGCAACAAAAGGAAAGCGAUCAAUCAGCUGUAAACAACAGCAACAACAACAACGACAGCGAGUUGAAUCAGAAUGAAACUGACGAUUCGGAAUAUGACGAUGACGAUGACGAUGCAGAUGGAGAAGAAGACGAAGAUGGCACUGAUGACGAUGGCCAAAAGGAGGAAAACCGCCGCAGACGAUCUAACAAAAAAAGCACAGCUCAUUCCCGGGUUCGUCGUCAGGCGGAUACCUUGAAUCGAAGCCGUUUUCGGUUCCGUCGACCCAAAACUGCCACUACCGAAGAGCCAAAGCCAGAAAAAAUCGAAGAGGUGAAUGAAACGACGCUCAGUACACCUCGUUCGAAAAUUAAUUCGAGAUUUGGCUCCCGAUUUCAUUCGCAAUCGCAGUCCCAAUCCAGUCCUUCGAGUGCAACUCAAGCAUCGACAUCGGGACAUCGGUCUAUACGUCCCACUCGACCCACAUCGCCGCGAACGCAGUUUACACUCCGAGAGAAGGAUACAACUAUUAAGAGUAUUACAAGACCAGGUGCUGGUGGUACAUCCUCCUCAAAUUUUCGACGUCAGCAGCAGUCAUCGCUGCGACGCACAACUAGUUCCCCCAGCUCUCGACGUUUAAAAAGUUACACAAGCCAUAAUCACAAUCACAACACUGUCGAUCCUCCUGGAUUGCGUACGACAGGAACAUCCCGUUCACGAAAUAAUGGCAACGCAGGCGGUUCAACGAGAGGACGAGGUUCUAUGCGUGGAAGAGGUCGCAACGAUUAUAGCUCGGAUCCAAAUUUAACAGAUCUGGGAAGCGCCACGAUUACGGUGACCCAUGUAAUACCAGCGGAGGUAACAGUGCCGGUUGUAAAUGGUCAGGUGACCGAAUACAAGAACAUUGUGACCGGUAAGACAAGCAUAGAGGUUUUGGGACCUAAUCAAUAUACGAAAAUCCUGGGUAAUAAUGGACAAGCCUCACUCUACCUAACGAGAGAGGAUACGAGCAUCAGUCCCGCCGGAGUCACAGAGCUCACUCGUUAUCUUCUACACGAUACAACGACAACAACAGUGACCUUUACGCCCACUACGAUCCGUGGACGGAAAACCUCCUUCUCCCACAUACUGCCGUCGACGGUGUACUCCGUCGAAAACGUUGUGUCGACGGUACAGCCGCAGAUAUCGGCAAAUGCUCCACUGGCCAAUAUAUUGCUAUCGCAGCUAUUAUUGGGCAACAUCAAUUUACCGGCGAAUCAGCUGCUUGGCGCCUUGGGUCAGCCACAGGGUCAGUCUAUUGUGGGCGUGGCUGGACUGGAGCCAUCGCUGCCACCGCAACCUGCACCGCAACCACAGACAGAGUAUCGGACCCAUACGUCCACCUAUGUGACCACAAUAUAUGAUGGCAAGUCCACAAUACUCCCAAUAACAUUCCAAGGCAAAAAGAUCCUCACAACAGUCUUUGAUACGACUGCUCAAACAAUAACAGCCACAGAAUAUAGCGUAGACACUAUAAUAAAUACUCCAACCCAGCAGCCUCAGCUGCAGCAGCAACAACAACAGGUAGGAGGACAGGUGGCACAGGUGAAUAGUUUACUACUGCAACAGCUACUGCUUCAGCAACAGCAACAACAGCAGCAGCAGCAAAUUCCGCAAGUAUCCCAUACGACAAUGCCGCAGAUAUUUUUGGGUGAGAAUCUGCAGGACUUGGACGACCAGCUGAUGCUGGAUGCUGAUAUUGAUGUGCGCGAUAAUAUUGAUGAUAUCAUAGUGUCUGAUAACGACACAAAUCAGAGUCGUUCCGCGAAUAAAAGCAGUCGAAAGAAGCCCAGAAAGUCGGGGAAAUCUCACAAGCGUCAUAAGCAACAACAGCAACAGCAGCAACAACCAGAAGAAGAGAGCAGUGUAAUAACACUUUAUGUUUCAGGACGUAGACCUGGGGAGUUUAGCACCAUUUUAUCCACAGUUCAUAAUACCAAUGAUCAUGCGAGCAGCUUACAUAAGAGACAGGCAAUGCCAAUACUACAGACUGCUGGACUCAAUAGUCCCGAAGAUCUGUAUGAGUUUGGCGGUAGCGAAAAGAUCAACCUGUACUCGUAUGUACCUCUUGACUUGAAUCUGGAGCUAGAGCAAGAACAAGAGCAACUAAAGAUGCAAAACUCGAUCAAGUCGGCCUUAGAUGAUUGCCAGGAAAGUGCAGAAGGCUGUGAGUCGAAGACUCAAACCGCUUCGCUAGAGAGUAUCAUUGGAGAUGUCGAUUUGUGGUAUGCCAAGGCCACAAAGCAGGCCUUAAGUACGAGUACGAGUACGAGUACGGAUACGAGUAGCACCUUAAGUACCUUAAGUACAGAUCAACUAUUAAAUGUAUCGCAGCAUUUUUUAGAUUAGGUGGCCUCACUGAGUUGUUCCCACUACAGUUGCAGGUCACAACAUUGUCCACAACACAUCCUCAGAGAAGUGGGAAGCGUAGAAG